CUAAAAACAAAAGAAUGUGAUCCUGACAACGUUUUAGCAACGAAUCAGAAUGGUUAUUCAGAAUGCUGAGAAUACAUAAGCGAUGCAGCGUCCGUCAACUCGGAAAAGUUGAGGGAACUACCUCAAGCACCCGUCUCGCCCUACAACACCUAGAAGUAUGAUUUAACGCCGACCACGAUGGCUUACGAAUACUAUCCUAUUCAAGGAAUCAAAGUAGGCCUAGGCCCGGACAACCAGGUACCCAUCAGACGGGAGUUUAAUGAAUGGAGUACAAGCCAAAAGCGUAGGGAUCAAAUACAGGUUGCUCUAUUUCUCCUGGCUCUCAGUGAUUUCCAGGCCAUUCCCCCAGACUCAAGGGAUUCUUAUUUCCAAAUUGCAGGUAUCCAUGGCAUGCCUUACAAGUCCUGGGACGAGCCCGGGAUUACUGCUCAAGAGACUCACUUAAAGGGCUAUUGCGUGCACGCAAAUAGCCUGUUUCCAAUAUGGCAUCGGCCGUAUCUGCUACUCUACGAGCAACGCAUCUACGAGAUAAUGGUCGAUGUUAUCAUUCCACGAUUGAGACUGCCUGGGAGAGUAGAGGAAGAGUGGCUUGAAGCUGCGUAUCAAUGGCGGCUCCCAUUCUGGGACUGGGCGAAGUAUCCAAAGAUACCGGACCUUAUGAGCAAGCCAAGGAUUCGGCUCAGGUUUCCGGCAAUGACCAUAUAUAAUCCGCUUUACAAGUUCGAGAUGCCCAACGGUAAAAAAAUGGGCGUCUACGGCCUCGGAACGCUCAAGUCCCCAGAUUUCGACGAUGCGCUAGAGUACGGGGAGUGUUACGCUACCAGUCGUUGUCCGACGCCAGGAGAACGUGUGCCUACCAGCAAGAAAUGGAGGGAGGGUGUAGUCAACAAUGAGGCAGCAAACAAAUUCAUGACCAACCACGAGUCAAUUACGGAUUUCGAUUAUGGUAAAACAACGGAGAUGGUGUACAGACUGCUCACCUAUCCGAUGGAUUUCGUGAGCUUUGCAACUACGGCAAGGGAUGCUACCAUGGACUCUUCAAGUGCAUCCAAAGUUACCAACGACAUGAAUAUAGAAUUCAUCCACAACAACAUUCACUACUGGGUUGGUGGGAAUGGAGGCCACAUGUCCCAAAUUCCGGUCGCAACCUUUGACCCCAUAUUUUGGUUCCAUCAUUGUUUUCUCGAUCGCCUCUUUGCAAUUUGGCAAACGUUGAAUCCAGAAAAGUGGUUUAACGCGGAUAAAACGAGACCAUUUGAUCAAAAAAUAAUCGGAAUGGGUGAUAUCGUCACAUCCAAGGCACCUCUUAGACCUUUUCACAUGGAUGAAGCAGGGACCGUCUGGACACCAGAUGGUGUUCGUGAUUGGUUCAAGUUGGGAUAUACAUACCCGGAACUCCAGCGUUGGAACUAUGGCGAUAACUACAGGGAGGAACUCUUUCGAGACGUGAAUGAUACAUAUGGCGCCCUAAGGAAAGAAGCCAUAGCAAUGGGCAAACCAGACAGCAAACUACCAGAUGUGGUACAGGCUGGGGAAAAUGGUGUCUCAAUGAAUGACUAUGCCGUGAGCAUCAGAUACUCCAAGUUCGCCAUGGGUGGCCAUCCAUUCAAUCUUGAGGUUUAUCUACGACCUGAAAACGAGACGGAAAAUAAAUUUCGACCAGAAGACUUUGUCACCAAUGUUUACAACUUUAGCCAGCCAGCGGAGCAAAACGGCGAAACAGUUUGCUCUAACUGCAAUGAUCUGGAGGAGCAAGACGUGCAGGUCAUCGCAUAUAUUCCGAUCACACCGUACCUGGUCAAAAAAAUUGGCCAACAGGCGCUGAAGGACCUUACACCAGCUACCGUUGAACCUUUUCUCUCAGGACUGUACUACAGAGUCACUAUGGGUGAUAAUGUUGUUUCUGAAGAGAGGUGGAAGCCAACUUUGAAUCUCAAAGUUUCUGUUUCUCAGACUAGAAUGGAGUACUCAAAUGAUCCUAGUAUUCCAACAACAUUUGACGACCCCCAGAUAAUUCCGUCCCUCGGAAUUAGCCCAGAGGCUGCAGGAGUUCCAGCGCCAACACUUGGUGUGUCUACAAAUUAUGUUCCUUUCAACAGCAUUACUCAGCUCGAGGAAGCAGUCCCUACCGGCGGGUCACUUGUUAUAACAGCACAAUCCGCGAGCCAAGAUAAGCCGCCCAGGGAAAUAAAGACAGGCAUUUGGCUUGCAUCCGUGUACCCUGGUUCGAGCGAUGUCACUAACCAGCAAACCUAUGAUGUUCCUCUUUUCAUAGUCAUCAACAGCCGAACCCGGCUUCUUUCGUGCGGCAGCAAGCAGGCCGGCCGUGGCUUGAGUGCUCCUACGGAGCUGAAGCUUGAACCAUGGCUGAAAAAGGACGAGCCGAGCAUUAGGGUGGAUAUUGGGGGAAACGAUUUUAUAGUUUAUGUUGAUGGAAUGAGAGUUCUGGCAGUGGAGCGGGCCAUCAAAAGUGGAAACAUAACGCACGUCAGAUACGUGGCCUCCCCCGAGGGCAAGGACCCAGUGUUUGCAAAAGCGCUCACGGUGACGACAUACAAGCAAGCUGACAUGGUUCCGUGACUCCGUGAGCCUAAUUAAUAGUUUGCUCCUCGCGGAAUGGGGAUUCCUACUUUGCAUGCCACAGUACUUAGCUUCUCCAGUCGAUUUAAGCAUCGAAACGUCAUCAUUUGCAAUCAAACUAUGAGAUGCAUAUCCGUCGAGAGUAACGUAUCUUAACGAGUGGUUCAAUCUAUCUCCUACUAAACUAGCUUGCAUAACAUGGACUUGUUUUUAAAGCCACAAAAAACUCAAGAGGGGUUCUUUGCAACAAGUGCAUGAACUACAUGCAUAACGACCUGUUGCUCUCAUUUAAUGUCUAAAUGUCGAAUCCUUGAAUUUUCUCAUCAUCAGUAAAGGAAGAAGCUGACUCCGUUGGCUGCAUAUACACAUCCGUAAUAUCCUUGAGGAUUGCAAGGCUUCCGUUUGCACGGCGGUACACAUGAGUACUUGCUAGUACACCGGCACCCUUGAGGUGAUAGCUAACUGUCCAUUCCACGGGCCGUACGUGGCUCCACAAGGGCUCAACGACGCACAAGGUGGCUUGAGAAUCUCUCUUUGCAUUUCCCUAAUGCAUGGAUAUUGGGCAGAGGGGCUGAGGUGAAAGGGCCUGGGGCCCUUGUAUCAGCAAUGUAUUCCAAUUCUGUCCGAAUCGUUGCUAUCGCCAUUGGACGCUCCUACGUUGGUUCCAUCACCUCGGCCUAUAUAAAAAUCCCUCGUAACUGGUUGAUUCGUUGCUUCUCAAAUCAUCCUGCAUGGGAUUAUUUUACCAAACCCCUCGGCAAAUAUCCAGGAUAUAGCUGAUACAGGGAUCAUCAAACAAUAUCUCAGAGUUCCAGUGCUUGGUCUUCUCGCAGAAUUGUGUCUCGUCUGUACCCUCCUCAUUGCUCAGUCAAGCCCGACCACGCCGAGAUUUCCCCCAGUGCUGCGAAACCUCGAUUGCUGCUCUUCUGCGGGUUUAGGGUUGAUGUCGCUCUUUUGGGUAGUGGCGAAAAUUUUGAGCACCAUUCUUGUGAUUGCGGCGUUGUCAAUCACAGUAAGGACGAAAAUCAGAAAUGCCGUUACGAGGUUGACGCUGGCAGCCCGUAGCUUUCUUCGUUUGGUGGUAGAGAUCAUAGCAUCGUCGAUUUCACUGUUGGAAGCUGCCGCUGCGAGUUUCUCAGACCGAGCUGUUGUUCCUUUCGCUUCUACUAGUAGCUGGAUCACCUCUGGAUCUUUGAGGUUCAACAACUCGUUCUCAAGAGGUUUCGAACCUCCGUCAAGCUCAGGAUGAGAGGAUCUAGCAUUGGCCCCGCGCCGGAGCAAGAGUUCGACAAUUUCGGCUCUAUGAGGGCCAUGUCCCUGCGUGGUAACGAUCCACAAGGGGGUUCUAUUUUGGCUUGAGGCGGCAUCGACCUGGGCGCCGUGGUCGAGGAGGAGUCGGACGACUUCAAUAUGUCCGUUCUUUGCUGCUAAAGCAAGUGCGGUCAGGCCGAUGGUUCCCUUUCCCUUUUCUUUGCACUGCUCAUUGAUAUCAGCUUUGUGGAGGUAGCAUGCCAGUGUCGUGCUUGUAAGCGCUCCUGCGGCGGCAUCGGCGUGGAGAGUCAUUUUCCCAGUGUUUUUACUAGUAUGAUAAUUGAGGUUUCGUUCCAUGAAUUUGGGUAUGCUUUAAAGGAGCGCUACAUUACCGAUAUAAACCCCACGAGCAUUAACCACCUUGACCUUUCGAAUGAACAUAGAUGAGGUGUUUUUACCGGACUCAACGGGAAGCUGGCUUCCACAUUCCAUACUCCGCCUCAACUUGAUAUCACCCCAAUAUUCCGGAACCCCACCCCUUCAAGUUGGGCAUGAAUUGCUCGGGUAUGUGGCAUUACAAUCAUGUAGGUCUGCCUGCAUGCAGAAACAUUAGAUUGGGCAUUCGUACGUGAUCGGACCUUCGAUCGCGGAAGAUGGACAGGAAUAAUCCCUGGCGAUAAUGUCGGCAGCGCCAAGAUCUAGGGGGUGUUUGACGCCCAAUAUUCUGCAUAUGGUGAUGGUUCUCAUGUUAGAUUGGCCCACAGCCUGAGUUUGCCAAAAAACAUUUCGAUUUCGGCCUUGGGGGAUCUUGCUGGGAGUUAGCAUUCGCUAAUCCAGCCCUGGUCCAUAGAAUUUCAUGUCUUCGAUGCUCUGACGAGACAAUGAUUUCCACAACCAGCGAUACGAACAAAAAAGAGACGCAAGGCUUGCAUGAAGACUAAGUCUCUAGGACUUUGCAGGCUGUGGCUCCCAGCGCGGAAAAUCAACUACCACUAUUAGGAAAUAGCUCUAAUGUAACGUUGCCUGCAAAGUCACUACUAAGAUUCCUUUAUUCGGCAUUCAAGGUCUGCACCGGAGAGAGCAACAUGGAGAGUAACUACGAAAAUAUUAGUAUCAAAACCCGUCAAUAUCUAUUCUAAGGGGGUAGUUGGGUGUGCUCACCCAAUCUUCUAGUUCAGCUUCGUUCUUUCUGAGCUCAUCGUAUCUCGCAUCGAGGAGUUCUAAUUUAUGUAAGCGAUGUUUGAGCCUGGGCUGGCAUGUGAAACUAGGUGGAAAGUAAAAAAGCAAAAAAGGUUGGAGAUACUCAC